AUGGCGGGAAUAAUCAAUUUCAAAAUACGCAGAAGAUUAGUUAUUAUAUUUUUUCUAUUCGCUCUGGAUGUAAUGUGUUCGGAAAUUGAGAACGACGUGUUGAAUUUACAAGAAGAUUUAGAUAUAGCGUCGGAUAGACGGAGGCCGAAUGGACAGGAAAAAGAAAUAUUAUUAUUGGACGCGCUCGGAAGAAGGAAAGGACCGUAUCAGAAUCAAUACACUUCAUCACAGGAAGACGAUUCUAUAAUGGAUUUAUUAGGAAAAAUGAUACCACAAACUUGUCGGUACAGAGGUGCAAGGUACGCGUGUGCACUCAGUAUCUCCUGUGUUCUUGGAGGUGGGAAACCCUUGGAUUUAUGCUCUGGAGGCAUGAUUUGGUCGUGUUGUGUGGAUAAAGAGACAACAGAACGACCUACAGAAGUGGCGCCACCUGUACACAACGCGAGUGAUCUUAUUGAACUGAUCGGGACAUUUCCCCACGAGACGUACGACUAUCAAACAAACACACAAUACGAAGAUCCAAUCAUCAUUUACACGGAGGCAAACCGGCCCAAACCGCACAAACCGACAGACCGGCCGAAACCGGCACAAAGCGGUUCGAACCGGCCCAAACCGGUUUGGGACACAGACUACAAUCACUACUACCACGUUAAACCCUCGUACCACGAGAGCACAACACACACAGACGAUUUUUACACGGAGAGUGUAGGUGAUAGGCCCGGUGAUGAUGAUUAUGUGCCAGUGCACAGUGCUCAGAAGCCGAUGAGGCCUAGCUAUCCCGGUUGCGGUGAACACUACACCCGGUCGAACCGGAUAGUUGGUGGUCAUUCGACCGGUUUCGGUUCUCAUCCGUGGCAAGCAGCUCUCAUCAAAUCCGGUUUCCUCAGUAAGAAGCUGGCUUGUGGAGGAGCUUUGAUAUCUGACAGAUGGGUCAUUACAGCCGCUCAUUGUGUAGCCACUACUCCUAACUCCCAACUGCGGGUUCGUCUUGGUGAGUGGGAUGUUCGGGAUGCUGGUGAAAGAUACUCGCACGAAGAGUUCGCUGUUCAACGAAAAGAGGUCCAUCCUUCAUACGAACCUUCGGACUUUAGGAAUGACGUGGCCUUGGUGCAGUUGGAGAGGGGGGUGGUGUUUAAACAACAUAUACUGCCGGUCUGUCUACCACAAAAGCAAAUGAAGUUAGCCGGGAAAAUGGCGACCGUGGCUGGCUGGGGACGUACAAGACACGGUCAGAGUACAGUCCCAUCAGUGUUACAGGAGGUCGAUGUUGAGGUGAUCCCCAAUGAGCGUUGUCAGCGUUGGUUCAGAGCGGCCGGCAGGAGAGAGACCAUACACGACGUGUUCCUCUGUGCGGGAUAUAAAGAGGGUGGCAGAGACUCGUGUCAGGGCGACAGCGGAGGCCCACUGACUUUGAAAUACGAGGGGCGAAGCACCCUUAUAGGGCUAGUAUCAUGGGGCAUUGGCUGUGGCCGGGAACAUCUGCCCGGAGUUUACACUAACAUACAGAAAUUCGUGCCUUGGAUCGACAAAUUAAUUAAUCCAUAA